UAAUGAGGUGGGAUGAUAUUCCAGCAAGUUCGGGUCUUGGUGAAAAGCAAUAUCUAGUGCCAUCAGACAUGUGCCAAUCAAGAUGUGCGCUAGCUACUAGAUGAUGAAGUAGCAAAGUACACCAGGAUGUAAAGAAAGCAUAUUGAAGUGCGAAAGACACGCAUCGAACACUUUCAGGUGUCGAUUAGAUAGACUCGAUCUUGAUGCACUUGAGGCGUUCAUUCAUGUUCGACGCCGCCCAAGCAGCGCUAACCCCCUUUGGGCAAGAACCUUCCGAGUCCACAACGUUUCCGACUCAACUUUCAACCCCGGAUGACGAUUCUCAAUUUCUCAGCCCGACUUCUUCACAGAAGCAGGUGUCACAUCCGGUAUACGACGAAACCACCUCCUAGUUCGCCUUUGCUCGUCAUCCUACAUUCCGCAAUGACUAUAGCAUUGUCGUUAUCGAUAUGUCACGCUCUUCCCCGGAACCCCUCCUGUCGACCUUUUCGUCCGGCGAUUCCUUGAAGUCCGCGUCUCGCUACACCUACCGUCACCUACAGCUUCUCCGUCAAGGUAACACUGCGACACCUCUCCGAGUCAUUGCACAUGUCGACCUUGAUGCUUUCUAUGCACAAUGUGAAAUGGUACGGCUGGAGACGCCCCGUACAGUGCCCCUCGCUGUGCAACAAUGGGAUUCCCUCAUUGCGAUCAAUUACCCAGCCCGAUCCUUCGGAAUAACGAGAAUGAUAUCGGCAGGAGAGGCCAAGAAGCUUUGUCCCGAGAUUAUCUUACAACACGUUGCGACGUUCCGAGAAGGUGAGGGUGGGACAUGGGCAUACAGAGACGACGCGUUCAAGAGGAUAAAUACCGACAAAGUGUGUCUGGAUCCGUACCGAGCCGAAUCGCGCAAGAUUUUGAAGGUGAUGAAGGAAGAGCUAUCGAGAUGGCAUCAGGAGCUAGCUGGUGAUAGACAGGGAACCGGCUCUCUGUCUCCCAUACAGCAGGCUGGACUUGAGAAAGCUAGCGUUGACGAAGUCUUCAUUGACCUGUCACCUCUUGUGCACGCCGUACUUCUUCAACGAUUUCCUGAAUUGCGCGCCAAUCCACCAGGCGAUGAUCGGAUCACACCAUUGCCUAUCCCACCCACGACUGCAUUGGAAUGGAACGCGGAAGAUUGCUUGAUCGACCUGGAUGAGAAUGAAACGGAAGUCGACGAUCCGGACUGGGAUGACAUCGCUAUGCUCAUAGGGUCUGAAAUUGUCCGAUCGGUCCGAACAGCUGUCUGGGAACAGCUCAGCUACACGUGCUCUGCGGGCGUUGCCAGAAACAAAAUGGUGGCAAAGUUAGGGAGUGCAUGCAACAAGCCAAAUAAGCAAACUAUCGUACGGAAUCCUGCCGUGCAGAACUUCCUCGGUGGUUAUAAGUUUACGAAGAUUAGGAUGCUGGGGGGUAAGCUUGGAGAUCAGGUCACUGCUAUGUUUGGAACAGAGCAAGUGAGUGACCUUUUGAAGGUGUCCCUUGAGCAAUUUCGCGCCAAGUUGGACGACGAUACCGCUACUUGGCUUUAUGGGAUUAUUCGAGGGGAAGACAAAAGUGAAGUCAAUUCGAGGACGCAAAUCAAGUCGAUGCUUUCAGCAAAGUCAUUCAGACCGAGCAUCAACUCUGUUGAUCAGGCUGAUAAAUGGCUAAGGAUCUUUGCGGCUGAUAUCUAUGGCCGCCUUGUUGAGGAUGGUGUUCUUGAGCACAAGCGCCGCCCUAAAACAGUUGCCUUGCAUCAUCGGCAAGGAGCACAGGUUCGCUCCCGCCAGGUUCCCAUUCCGGGUUCAUCACCGAUCGAUGAAACGUUACUCUUUGAACUUGGAAAGACGCUGUUCCGACAAGUCAUAACAGAUGGACGUGCAUGGCCCUGUGCAAAUCUGUCUUUGAGUGUGGGUGGAUUCGAGGACGGCAUUUCAAAGAACCGGGCAAUAGACGCCUUCCUACUUCGAGGAGAGCAGGCGAAGAAUAUAGGACAAUCUAAGAGGGAUUGGACGACCGAAGAGCCACCACGGGAUGAGCAACCCAGUGAAAAACGCAGGAAACUCGAGGACAAUGUCAUCAAGCGGUUCUUCCCCGGGCCUCCCCAGACUAACCUUCAGCGCGAUCUGCACCAUAUCAAUGCAGAUGACAUGGGAGAGAAACUUGAAGAUUAUUUGGAGCCGGCGAUCCAACCAGUGGAGCCGUCACCCGGGCUCUACACCUGCAGUCGCUGCGGAAGUGUGUUCCCAGAACACGAGAAGGGAGAACAUGAUGACUGGCACUUUGCCAAAGACCUGGCGGAUGAAGAACGACAAGUGGCCAGCACUCCGCGGGCCCAAGAAGCUUCACAUACUUUGGGGGCAUCCAGCCCACGUAAAAAGACCAAUCGUAGCAAUCGGGGCAGGCCGGGAAAGGGUCAGACUCGCCUUAGUUUUGGAUAGACUCUGUAUAGCGAGGUUGAAUACUUGAAAAAUACCAAGCGCAGUCAGACCUGCGUGACCCACGAGGUGACACAGUAACAUUCACAUAUCCAGAACCCAACCAUGUUUUGACAGAAUUUCUC